UCAUCUGCUCCGCGGUAGCGCAGCCUCAGCGUCGCAGAGGUAGUUGUGGCCUGUGCUGGCUACCGAGGCCGGCAGGGGGCGGCGGCGGAGGCCGUUACUUAGGGUCCAGAGGCGGGGCCGCGGGUUCCAGGCGCUGCUAGCCGGCGGGCCACGACUGGGCCGUGACGAGGUGCGGGCCGAGGCCAUGGGCGACCGCGGAGGCGCGGGCGGCUCUCGGCGUCGGAGGAAUGGCUCGCGGGUCUCCGUCCAGAGUGGUGGCGGGCCCGUGGCAGCCGAAGAGGAGGUGCGAGACGCGGCUGUGGGCCCCGACUUGGGCGCCGGGGGUGACGCGCCAGCUCGGGCUCCAGCUCCAACCCCGACCCCGGACAAAGACAAACACACCGACGUGGGCGACGGCCAUUGGGAGCUGAGGUGCCACCGUCUACAAGAGUCUUUGUUCAGCUCAGACAGUGGUUUCAACAAUUACCGUGGCAUCCUGAAUUGGUGUGUGGUGAUGCUGAUCCUGAGUAAUGCCAGGUUAUUUUUAGAGAACCUCAUCAAGUAUGGCAUCCUGGUAGAUCCCAUCCAGGUGGUUUCUCUGUUUCUGAAGGACCCCUACAGCUGGCCCGCCCCAUGUCUGAUUAUUGUAUCCAACAUCUUUCCUGUGGCUGCAUUUCAGAUUGAGAAGCGCCUGGCAGUGGGUGCCCUGACAGAGCAGAUGGGGCUGCUGCUACAUGUGGUUAACCUGGCUACCAUCAUCUGCUUCCCAGCAGCUGUGGCCUUACUGGUUGAGUCCAUCACUCCAGUGGGUUCUUUGUUUGCCCUGGCGUCAUACUCCAUCAUCUUCCUCAAGCUCUUUUCCUACCGGGAUGUCAACCUGUGGUGCCGCCAGAGAAGGGUCAAGACCGAAGCUGUUUCUGCAGGGAAGAAAGUCAGUGGGGCUGCUGCUCAGCAAACUGUGAGCUACCCAGACAACCUGAACUACCGAGAUCUCUACUACUUCAUUUUUGCUCCUACUUUGUGUUAUGAACUCAACUUUCCUCGGUCCCCUCGAAUACGAAAGCGCUUUCUGCUACGACGGAUUUUUGAGAUGCUCUUUUUCAUCCAGCUUCAAGUGGGGCUGAUCCAGCAGUGGAUGGUCCCUACUAUCCAGAACUCCAUGAAGCCCUUCAAGGAUAUGGACUAUUCACGUAUCAUUGAGCGGCUCUUGAAGCUGGCGGUUCCCAACCAUCUGAUCUGGCUCAUCUUCUUCUACUGGCUUUUUCAUUCCUGCCUGAAUGCUGUGGCAGAGCUCAUGCAGUUUGGAGACCGCGAGUUCUACCGGGACUGGUGGAAUGCUGAGUCUGUCACCUACUUUUGGCAGAACUGGAAUAUCCCUGUGCAUAAGUGGUGCAGCAGACACUUCUACAAGCCUUUGCUCCGACUGGGCAGCAACAGAUGGUUGGCCAGGACAGGGGUGUUUCUGGCCUCAGCCUUUUUUCAUGAGUACCUAGUGAGCAUUCCCCUGCGUAUGUUCCGCCUCUGGGCAUUCACAGCUAUGAUGAUUCAGGUCCCACUGGCCUUGUUUGUGGGCCACUUCUUCCAAGGAAACUAUGGCAAUGCAGUUGUGUGGCUGACACUCAUCAUUGGGCAGCCAGUGGCUGUGCUCAUGUAUGUUCAUGACUACUACGUGCUCAACUAUGAUGCUCCAGUGGGGGCCUGAGAUACUGCCAAAGACCAGCCCUCCCUAACCUAGGCCAGUUCCGGAGGGGUUCCUGGCUACCUGCACACUCCUCCUAGUCUGGGAGGCCUCUCUGCCCCUAUGGGGCCCACUCCUGCUCUUGGGGAUGGCACCCAAGUCCAGCUGGUAUAAACCAGUGCUGGGAGUUUGUACUGACCAGGGGCCGAGGACAUCAAUAAAGUGCCGUCUAAAAACCUUC